UCCUGUACCGGAUGGCACAGCGGCGCAUCCUCUUGUUCCGGUCGCGCAUUGUUUGGCGGAGCUCGGUCCAGUCGCCGCUAUGAUCAGCUGUGGAGUGGUCGUUUUGCUGGCCAGCGCUGCUGUCGGCCUGGUCAUAGUGGAAGAAGAAGAUCCUAGAAGAUGGGUGUCAGCUGCAUACUACACUCCUUCACAUUCAGCAAACAGCGGUUCCUGUCCGAUGGACCUAGGAAGUGGAAAGAGUCAUCCAAAGUGUGUUCCACUGUCAUCGUGUCAGUUGAUUAGUGAUCUGAUGGACAGAAGUUGUCUUGCACCUGGGAAGCUGUCAGAGCUGGUGUGCGGCUACCGUGGGACAGAGCCUUUGGUUUGCUGCCCAGCGGCAGGGCUGGACACGGGGCUGCCACCAUCACCAACACGGCCUCCUCAGGACUCACCGGUGGUCACCAAACCGACUGGCUUCAGUGGCAAGUGUGGCCAGCCCAUUGUCAGAAGCUCACCAGGUGGACUUGGGUCUCAGCCGUGGGUCGCCAGGGUCGGGUUUGUUAAUGUGCAGACAGGAGGCCAAAUUUACCCAUGCAGUGGUUCAAUCAUCUCUCCUAACACAAUUCUCACAGCAGCUCAUUGUGCUCUUGCCCAACGGGAGGGCUUCAAGCUUGCUACUGUCCGUGUUGGUGAAUAUGACAGUAGGGGUGAUCCUGACUGCACCCCUCAGAUGUGUGCUUUCCCUGUUCAAGAUAUCCCCAUCAACCAUGUUGUGGUGCAUCCUGGAUUUCAAAGAAUCAAUUACAAGCAUGAUAUUGCUCUGCUUGUGCUAAAAUCUUCUAUGAAUUACUCAUUAGCUGCACAACCAAUAUGCAUCCUUCAAAAUGGAGAUGUACCUCUACAAGGAAGAAGAGGUCGACUCAUUGGUUGGGGCAAACUUCCUGGGCAAACCGGGACACCAGCGAGGCAGCAGCAGCUGGAGCUGCCCAUCGUAGCACUGGACCAGUGCCGGCAGAUCUACAGCUCCAAGCUGCCUGUCACCAAUGACCAGCUGUGUGUCGGGGGAGAGCAGGGGCGUGACGCCUGCUCUGGCUUCGGAGGUGCACCGCUCGUGCUGCUGGACGGUGCAACGAGAACGCGAUACUACCAGGUUGGGAUGGCAUCAUUUGGCUCAAACAAAUGUGGGGCCGCAAACAUUCCAAGUGUGUAUACAAACAUACAGAAAUAUGCUGAUUGGAUUAAAAACAAUAUGUAACUUUAUGGAUGUCAUACACAUUUGAUAAAGAUGGUGAUUAUAAGAACUGAAAUAAAAUAUACCAAUAUAAAUCUUGUGUUUAUUGUGAAAAUCCCUCUAUAAUUUUAACAAGUUAAAUAAUUAUAUCAGUAACUUAAAUAGACUGCAUUACUGUACUGUUGUUAUUUAUCAAAACAGGAUUGCAAUAUAAUGCCAAUUCCCACACAAUUCGACAGAAGUGAUACUUUUGGAAGCAGUAUUAUGUGCAAAGCAAUCAGUUGAGGCUUUCUGGAUUUCGAGCUACAGCCAACUCACAGUCCACACACUAAACUGCUGCUACAAAAUAAAUGUUUUGUACACAAAUGAAAAAAAGAAAAUAAUAAAACUGUCCAAUGAUGUAAUGAGAGUAAAUAAGUACACAUUAAAAUAUAGGCCUUUGUACAGAAAGUUAUGAAAGUAUCUGACUUUCUAAAUACUUUUUUCUAAAUAUUUCCUUUAAAACU